AUGAACAAUCAGACAGCAGUGACAGUAUUCCUUCUGUGGGGAUUCUCCAGUUUUCCAGACCUGCAGAGUCUCCUCUUUGUGGGGAUUUUCUUCUCCUAUGUGAUCAUCCUAGCUGCAAACGUGGCCAUAGUGGUGGCCAUCAGGUUCAGUCACAAUCUUCACACUCCCAUGUACUUUUUCCUCUGUGGCUUAUCGAUUUCCGAAACCUGUGCCAGUAUGGUAAUCAUCCCUCGCAUGCUGGUGGACUUGCUGUCACACAACAAAACCAUUUCUCUUCCUGAAUGUGCCACACAGAUGUUUUUAUUUUUUGGCUUGGCAGCCAACAACUGCUUCAUCAUGGCUGCCAUGUCCUAUGAUCGCUACACUGCCAUCCACAACCCACUGAACUAUCACAUGCUGAUAACCGGCAGCAUCUGCUGUCAGAUGAUGAUGGCCUCUUUCCUGGUUGGGUUCUUGGGUUCCCUAGGUGUGAUCAUCACUGUGUUCAGCUUGUCAUUCUGUGACUCCAAAAUCAUCCAGCACUUCUUCUGCGACAUCUCACCUGUAAUCUGCCUUGCUUGUGAUUACACUUUUAUGCAUGAAAUGAUUAUUUUUUCCCUCUUUGUCUCUGGACUUGUGGGAAGUUUUCUUUUGAUUAUGAUUUCCUAUGUCUUCAUUGUAUCCAUAGUUGUCAAGAUGUCUUCUGCGAAAGGGAGGUAUAAGGCCUUCUCAACUUGCUCUUCCCACCUCUGUGUAGUGUCCAUUCACUAUGGAUUUGCUUCUUUUGUCUAUUUGAAACCCAAAAACAGUGGAUCAUUUCGUGAAGAUAUGCUGAUGGCUGUGACAUAUACCGUGUUGACGCCUCUGCUUAACCCUAUUGUUUAUAGUCUAAGAAACAAAGAAAUGCAGAUAGCUCUAAAAAAAGUAAUAAUAGGCAAUGUCAACAGAUUCAUUCCUUUUCUACAAAGAAGCAACAAAUGA